AUGGGUGACUGGAACUUUCUGGGGAGACUAUUAGAGAAUGCACAAGAGCACUCCACGGUUAUUGGGAAAGUUUGGCUGACGGUACUGUUUAUCUUCAGGAUCUUGGUGCUGGGGGCCGCUGCUGAGGAAGUCUGGGGAGAUGAGCAAUCGGACUUUACAUGCAACACACAGCAGCCUGGCUGCGAGAACGUCUGUUACGACGAAGCCUUUCCCAUCUCCCACAUACGCUUCUGGGUGCUGCAGAUCAUCUUUGUCUCCACCCCGACCCUCAUCUACCUGGGCCAUGUGCUCUACAUUGUGCGCAUGGAGGAGAAAAAAAAAGAGAAGGAAGAAGAGAUGAGGAGAGCGGCGAAUAGCAAGGAGGGGAGUCAGCCAGGGGGAUCAGAAGCAGGAUCCGGUGGCGGUGACCACAGUAGCACAAGCAAAUCUCUGUAUCUGAAGAAAGAAGAGAAGCUACCGCUCUGCAACGAGCAUGGCAAGGUUCGCAUGGCGGGUGCUCUGCUACGCACCUACGUUUUCAACAUUAUUUUUAAAACUCUGUUUGAAGUAGCCUUCAUUGUGGGCCAGUAUUUACUCUACGGCUUUCAGCUGAAGCCGCUGUACCAAUGCAGCCGCUGGCCCUGCCCGAACACUGUGGAUUGCUUCAUUUCACGGCCCACAGAGAAGACUGUCUUCAUCAUCUUCAUGCUGGCGGUAGCUUGUCUCUCCCUACUGCUCAACAUGCUCGAGAUAUACCACUUGGGGUGGAAGAAGCUCAGGCAGGGCGUGUCCAACAGACUCCACCGAGAACCACCCAUCACCACUACCAUCACAUCAGUCUCGGAAGUGGAAGUUUCCAAACCCGUCACCCUGUCGGCUUUGCCAUCAACUGCACCACCACCUGUUCCUUCAAUCACUGUGCCUGAGACUCGUGCCAUCACUCCACUGGUUUUUCAGGAAAGUGGGGUACCACGUUAUGCUGAGGCUAUUUCUAGGUCCCACCUGGCCUCGGCCUCAACCUCCCUGGCUAGCUACCCAGGGAGACCACCAAUUAGUCAGGAGCAGCAUAAAGCCACCAGGAGCCCUGCGGUCUCCACACCUAUAGCAACUACAUCUUCCAUCCCUUCACCCUCAUCAAUGGUCAACUCCUAUUUCAACAGCUGCAGCCACGAGCUGGCUGAUGAGCAGAACUGGGCCAACAUGGCCAUCGAGCAGCAGAGGAAACUACCAGUAUCCAGUUCAUCUUCUACCACCCAGAGUAGCCUCCAACAUUCACCUCUUGAGCAAGAGGAGCCCACUGAGCAUCUCCCACUCCCUUUGUCACCUGCAGCUGCUACCAAUAGUAGUAGCAUGAGCACCAGUCUGAGUAGGGGAAGUAGCAGCAAGUGGGAUGGAGACGGUGAAGAGGAGGAACGACCUAUGUCCGCUACCUGCACCCUGGUGGAGAUGCAUGACCCGCCAAUGCUCAUAGACAAUCGCCGCUUGAGCAGGGCUAGUAAGUCGAGUAGCAGCAGAGCCCGGUCUGAUGACUUGACCAUAUAGCUUGGUCCUCCCACUCCAUGUUGGGAGAUGUAGAUUAUGAAUAUAGCAAAGUGUAAAGGGGAAGCAUGCCAGAGUGG